UAUGGGAAAUUGUGCUACAUGUGAUGAUCCAUCUAUUUAUGAACACGCAGGAGAAUAAAUGAGACCUUUCAAGAACAAACCAAACUUUGAAGAUCAAGAAAAUGUUCAAUAACUUACCUAGAAAAGUAAAUUAUCAUAGAGUACUGUUAAAUCUCAGAAUGCUAGUUUCAUAGUAUAAUAACAUAUUAGGUUAUUAAUAAUAUUAUAAUUGUAGAUAAGACUUAAAGAAAUUGGAUUCAAUUCCUGAUUUUACCAAUGCUUUUACUAAACCUUUAAUUGAUUAGUUAUAACCAUUUAAUUACGAUCAAAAUGAACCGUUUGAAUUUAAAUCAUUACCUUUCUAUGGACCAGUCGAAAUAGAACCAAGUGUCUUUUACUAUGGAUAAUGGAAGAAUGGAUUCAGACAUGGAAGAGGAAAACAAUUUUGGGCAGAUGGUUCAAUUUAUGAAGGAUAUUGGUUACAAGACAAAGCAAAUGGUGAAGGAAGACUAAUUCAUUCAGAUGGAGAUCUCUAUGAAGGAAAAUGGUUAAAUGACAAAGCUCAUGGUUUUGGUGUGUAUAGUCAUAAAGAUGGAGCAUUUUAUAAAGGUGAAUGGUAUGAAGACUAAUAACAUGGUAAUGGAUUAGAAAAGUGGGCAGAUGGUUCUAUGUUUGAAGGUACUUAUACAAAUGGAAUGAAACAUGGACAUGGAAAAUUUAGUUGGCCAGAUGGUAGUUCAUACGUUGGAGAAUUUAUUAAUAAUAAUAUUCAUGGUAAAGGACAUUACAUUUGGGCUGAUAAUAGAGAAUAUGAAGGAGAUUGGAAGGAUAAUUAAAUGGAUGGACAUGGAGUCUUUAGUUGGUCAGAUGGAAGGUAAUUAUAUAUAAAGUAAACUUCAUAGACGCUAUGUUGGUGGCUAUGUGAAUGAUAAGAAGGAAGGCUAUGGAGAAUUUUAUUGGCCAGAUGGAAGAGUUUAUAAAGGAUAUUGGAAAGAUGGUAAAUAACACGGAAAAGGUUAAUACAAAGGAACUAACAGAAUUUUAAAAGAAGGAGAAUGGGUUGAUGGAAAACUACUUAAAUGGAACAAUUGA